AUGAACUUGCGAAUUUCUCGGAGUCAUGCAGUGCUGAAGAAUUUAAAUAUACUCAAACAACCUAAGCAAUGUCUGAGUGGAUUGUUCAACCCUCUAAAUUUUAUCAGUGUUCUCUGUCAGAAGAAGAUUUUUGUGGUUACUCAUUCAAAUGAUCAAUUAUUUCAACUCAUUAUUACUUUGAUUCUUUGGGUGGGUUGGUUUGCACAAGGAAGCAUCGCUAAAAUUGACAGACAUUUAAAAAAAGAAGUGAAAAAUCCAACUGUUAAUUACCGUGGUAAUUACUCGAAAAUCCACAACAUCAAGCGGAAUCACAUUAAGCCUUUAUCACAUUACGAGCUCAAAAUAAUCAUAACGUUUGCUUUCGACAGCGUUGAUGCUACUCAUCAUUCUGUUAUCGCUGACUGA